AUGGCGCUACCGUUCCCACUCCCGCUGCGUUGGUUCAUUUCAACAUCAGGCGAGGACCGUACGGAAGCAGAUGCUUCAUGUCUUCCCCCUCCCUUGAGAACAUUUCUCUUGUCUCAAGUGAGCGGCAAAACUAACAAAGUCAGAGGAGGAUGGAUCGCACGAAUCAUAAAGGUAGUUUCUCUCUAUUUCUGAGUUUUGAGUAUGGGCAAUAUGCCAUGAGUCAGAACUUAGACCCGAGCUUAUUCUAUGAUCUUAGUUCCGAAGUCUCCACUUGUGUACACUUAUAGUUCUUCUCACUCUCACAACCAACAACUUACUUUCUAAGUCUCAGCCUCCAUCUAAAUCUACAGGACGCGAACGAAGAAAAAGAGAAGAAGGCCGCCAAGGACAUGGAGGACAAAAAGUGGAGCAAGCUGAAGGUGCAGAUUCACAAGCUGCUGGAGGAUACAAAGCAGAACUGCGUGCUUCUGGACCUGGUCAAUGAGUCCCGAGAGCGUGGCUGGCUGAAGGACAUGACAGAUGCACAGAUCAGAGAAGGACGCGAGAGCGCUGGCGUCUCACUUGAAGAAGCUGAUGGUCGUGAGUUCGAAUACUACUACAACGCCGUAGACUUGCUGUUGCAGGGAUUACAAGACGGCCCGUCCGACAUUACAAGUCUGCUCCGGUACUUCCAGCCGCAACAACCACAAGCCGCGACUGGCGAAGCCGACCAACAAGGUGGUGUAGCUGCAGGCGCUGACGCAGCUCAUCCUGGUGGUGCAGAUGGCAGCGGAGCAGGCCAAGACUCAGCUCUAGAUGACGCAUCAGCACCACAUCCAAUCGAUCAAGCACAAGGCCAAGAGCAAGGGCCAGAUGCUGCAUCCAACGUCACCAACAAGAAGAACAAGAAGCAGGCGCCGGAGGUAAUACCUUGAGUGCAAUUUAGUGGGUGACUAGUGGUUUUUUGAUAUGAUAACUCUAUAUAAUUAGUGACUCGUUAGUGGUUCUUCAUAGUGUGAACAUUGAUUAUUAUUGAGUCAUUAGUGGUUAUUAUUGAUUCACUACUGACCCAUUAGUGGUUAUUAGUGACUCGCUAGUCCUUCACUAGUACACCCUUAUUGCGUCAUUAGUAUCCCAAUACUUCACCAAACUCUUUGUCUAUAAAUUUUCGCAUUCUAAAAAAUCUAAAUUCAAAAAAUCUAAUUCAGCAAAAGUGGAGCAAAGACACGCUGUUUAAAGGAGAGUACGUCUACAUCGACUACACCAGUGGCAAACGGCCAGCGUGCAUAAGGGACAUCGAUCCCGCACUCUUACGACAGCACGCCGGCCAAAUUACGGCCUUGCGGAAGAGCGACGCAGAAGGGAAGUACGACUGUGCCUGCUACCAAGGCACGGUCGCCGUGCCCUACUCGAGAAUCGUGGCGAGACAGAUGUCCGUGAAUGUGACCAACAACAUCACGAACAACAUGACCAGCGUCGACGUGAUACACAGCGUGUUUCCCCAAGCCGGUGCAUCCUCAUCAUCAUCGUCAAGCGCUGCCGCCCCUCCGCCUGCUGAUGUUCCGCUGGUGCUGCAAGAGGAAGAUCCACUAGGUGAGUGGUUUGAUAUGAAUAAUGAGGGAGAACUUGACGAGCUCAAUUUGUUUUUUGGUAGUGGCCCGCUACUUUAG